CGCGCGUUCACGCGAUGACACAACUUGUUAAUGAGCGUGCACGUACGACUUGUGGUAGUUGCGGUUCGAAAGCGUCCAACGACUGCUUGCUCGGAGAGAGAGUGAAGUAAAACUGAAAAAGUGAUGGUGCUUUCCCUUAUUUUUUUUCUGGAAUAGAGAUUCUUUUUUAAGCGCAAAAAGUUAAACAUCAAAGUUAGCAAACUCCCUAGCUGACGGGCUAGGUAGCUAACCGCAGCUAACUGGCCGGAGCAGCUGUUAACUCACCGCCCCCCUCCGCUGCCGUCGCUCCCUCCCCGGAUGGAGAGCUGCGACGCCGUAUCGGAACUGGAGCGCCCGCGGUGAGUCGAACCGCGGGGGGAUUUCGCCGUUAAAAGCCAGACUUUUACCACUCGCCCGUCUUAUUUGGGCUAAUUAGCUCGUUACCAGCCCGUUCCCGAUGUCACGGUGCCGCGUACGGACACCGCUGCCGUCGUCUCCCCUCCGCGUACACGCCUCCUCUGCUAGCCGUGCGGCACCUUUCAGCACCCGGUGGCGGAUGGUCGAGAAGAAGCACGCCGCGCGGAUGUACUCAACCAGGAAAUCGGACUAAAUUCUAACCGGGAGUUCUUUUCCGAACCGUGUGAGUGUGCGUUGUCCAUGGCGGAGUUGGAGGAGGACGGGGCCAGCCUGCUGGAUCACGCGGCGGCCGAGGUGGGCGUGCAGGCGGCGGGGAAGACGCCCGGUGAGGGCUCGGUGUCUAACGGGGGCUGUGGCAUGUGCGAAGACAACAUGGUCGGUCAAGACAACGCCACCUCCGUGGAGCCCGACAAUAAGGCGGACAUGCCCCGCAGGAGCAGCAUCAUCAAGGAUUCCUCGAGACAACGGAAGGAGAGGAAGAAGACUGUGUCGUUCAGCAGUAUGCCCACCGAGAAGAAGAUGAACAGUGCCAGCGACUGCAUCACUGCCAUGGUGGACGGGUCUGAGCUGAAGAAGGUGCGCUCCAACUCGCGGAUCUACCACCGCUACUUCCUGCUGGACGCCGACAUGCAGUCCCUGCGGUGGGAGCCCACCAAGAAGGAGUCGGACAAGGCUAAAAUCGACGUCAAGUCCAUCAAGGAGGUUCGCACGGGGAAGAACACGGACACUUUUCGAACUAACGGAACCUACGAUCAGAUCUCUGAGGACUGCGCUUUCUCGAUUAUCUUUGGCGAGAACUACGAGUCCUUGGACUUGGUGGCCAACACUGCAGACGUAGCUAACACCUGGAUUACGGGCCUGAGGUACCUGAUCUCCUACGGGAAACAUACACUGAACAUGAUCGAGAGCAGUCAGAAUAAUAUGCGUUCUUCCUGGCUCGGGGAACUUUUCAGCCAAGCGGACAGUAACAACAGUCAACAGAUAACAAUAUGCGCUGCUGUGCAGCUGGUCAAAAAGUUGAACCCGGGACUUAAAAACGUAAAAAUCGAGCUGAAGUUCAAAGAGCUUCACAAAGUUAAGGACAAGGUUGGCUCUCUGGUGACGAAAGACGAGUUCAUCGAGGUCUUUCAUGAUCUAUGUACCAGGCCAGAAAUUUAUUUUCUCUUUGUCCAGUUCUCUAGCAACAAGGAAUUUCUGGACACAAAGGACUUGAUGAUAUUCCUGGAAGCUGAGCAGGGCAUGGCGCAAGUCAGCGAGGACACCAGUGUGGAAGUCAUCCAGAAGUAUGAACCGUCCAAGGAGGGUCGGCUCAGAGGCUGGCUCUCUCUGGAUGGCUUCACCAACUAUCUUCUGUCUGCAGAGUGCCACAUAUUUGACCCCGAGCACAAAACUGUGUGCCAGGACAUGACCCAGCCGUUGUCCCACUACUACAUCAACUCUUCUCACAACACGUACCUAAUAGAAGAUCAGUUCAGGGGCCCAUCUGACGUGACGGGGUAUAUCCGUGCUCUCAAGAUGGGCUGUCGCAGCGUGGAGCUGGACGUUUGGGACGGACCUGAGAACGAGCCCGUGAUUUACACUGGUCACACCAUGACCUCUCAGAUCGUCUUUCGGAGCGUCAUCGAUGUGGUCAACAAGUACGCUUUUGUGGCAUCAGACUUUCCGCUGAUCCUGUGUUUGGAAAACCACUGCUCAUUGAAGCAGCAGAAGGUAAUGUUUCAGCACCUCAAAAAGAUUCUAGGAGACAAGCUCAGCCUGGAUCCCCCUAAACCUGACGAUUGCUACCUCCCGUCCCCCUCAGAUCUGAAGGGAAUGAUCCUGCUUAAGGGCAAGAAACUCGGCACUAACUGCACUGGAUCUGAAGGUGAGGUGACAGACGAGGACGAGGGGGCGGAGAUGUCACAGAGAAUGAGCAUUGACUCACCCGAACAACAGAUGGUCACGCCCAAAAACUUCCAGCUGUCAAAGGACCUUUCAGACCUUGUUACCUUGUGCAAGUCCGUGGAGUUCAAGGACUUUCCGACGUCAUUCCAGAGCCAAAAGCAUUGGGAGCUCUGCUCCUUUAACGAAGUUUUUGCUAGCCGCUGCGCAAGCGACUUUCCUGGCGAAUUUGUUAACUACAACAAGAAGUUUCUGGCACGUGUUUACCCCAGUCCUAUGCGGAUUGACUCCAGCAACAUGAACCCGCAAGACUUCUGGAAAUGCGGUUGCCAGAUCGUGGCAAUGAACUACCAGACUCCCGGUCUUAUGAUGGAUUUGAACAUUGGCUGGUUCCGUCAGAACGGGAAUUGCGGUUACGUCCUGCGACCUGCCAUCAUGCGAGAGCAGGUGUCUUAUUUCAGUGCCAACACAAAAGAUUCAGUGCCUGGUGUAUCUCCCCAACUCUUACAUAUUAAAAUAAUCAGCGGACAAAAUUUCCCGAAGCCCAAAGGCUCGGGUGCCAAGGGAGACGUGGUCGACCCUUACGUUUACGUGGAAAUCCAUGGCAUUCCCGCCGACUGUGCUGAGCAAAGGACUAAGACGGUCAAUCAGAAUGGGGACAACCCGCUGUUUGACGAAAGCUUUGAGUUCCAGAUCAACCUUCCUGAGCUUGCCAUGGUGCGCUUCGUGGUGCUGGACGAUGACUAUAUUGGCGAUGAGUUCAUCGGCCAGUACACCAUCCCCUUCGAAUGCCUGCAGCCGGGUUUCCGCCACGUCCCGCUGCAGUCGCUCACUGGCGAGGUCCUGCCGCACACCCUGCUUUUUGUUCAUGUAGCCAUCACGAACCGGAGAGGCGGCGGAAAGCCCCACAAGCGAGGCCUGUCUGUGCGCAAGGGCAAGAGGAGCAGGGAGUAUGCCAGCAUGAGGGUGUUGCUUGUCAAGGCCCUGGACGAUGUUUUCAAGACAGCCAUGUUACCGCUGAGAGAGGCCACAGACCUCAGAGAAAAUAUGCAGAAUGCCAUUGUGUCCUUUAAAGAGCUGUGUGGCCUUUCUGCCGUGGCCAAUCUCAAGCAGUGCAUUCUGGCCCUCUCCCCUCGACUUAGCGCACCAGACAGUGGGCCUCUUUUGCUCUUCAACCUGGCUGACCACUAUCCUGUCAUGGAGCCCCAAGGUCUGCUGCCAGAGGUCCUCAAGAAAGUGGUCACGACCUAUGACUUGGUGAUCCAGACCAGCAAGACUCUCCUGGAGAACUCCGACGGGAUCUACGAGAGGAUCCUGCAGACCCAAAAAUCUGCCAUGCAAUUCCAUCAGAAUCUCCACGAUUUGGCAGUGAAGGAAGGUCUGAAGGGCCGCAAGCUUCACAAGGCGGUGGAGAGCUUCACGUGGAACAUCACCAUUCUCAAGGGUCAGGCAGACCUCCUGAAACACGCCCGGAGCGAAGUGCAGGAGAACUUGAAGCAGAUCCAUUACGCUGCGUUGACGUGCGACCUAGGUAAAGGCAGACCGCCGGGCGGAUCGUCCGACUCCAAAAGCAGCCACCGCAGCCUGGAGGCCAUUCCCGAGAAGGCCACGGGCGAGGACGAGCUCACAGAUGACGAUGACGAAGACGACAACUGACCACUUUUUUCCCCAUUCCGCCGAAGACUUUGAACUACUACCGGACGCCGCUUAGUGCUCUUCAGGUAUUUCUACUGAGGGGAAAACACUUAAAUGCUAAUUGUCCUUAUCCUGGAUGAUGGAAGAACAUCACGCUGGUACGGUGGUACCAUGAAGUUCCACCAAUAACCUCUUGGGGAAAAAAAAAAAAAAGUUAAAACAUGCAACUAGCCAGUCUGGAGCUAGCCUGAGAAGCUAAUGUAGCAGUCUUCACAUGCACUCACUGCUCCUUCAUUUCAAACAGAUGGACACCAAAAAUUAAUCAAAUCAAUGAAAUGAUUAGAGAAACAGGAAGUAGAAAAAAAAAAAAACGAUUGCGCUAAACAUGAAACAACACUUAUCAAUGUCAUCAUUUGGGGUUGACUAGCACAAAAUCAAAUGAAAAAAAAACUGAUCGCUAUGGUUUUGUCUAUUUGCAGAAAAUCACUGGAUUUUUACUUAAAUUUCAUAUGAUUUACCUCACAAGAUACUGUCCAAAUUGCACAAGAUUUCAGCUUUCGUCUUGAGAUUUAAUGGCAGUUUGAUUUAUGGGAUAAUUCUCAUGAGACUUUAGCUCAGGGGUGUCCAAACUAUUCCCCGUGGGCCAGCUGAAGUAACAUUUUACUAGAGAUUUCCCAAAAUUUAGUGGAUGUUUCACUUGAGGGUCCAAUCCGGCCCGCGGGGUUGUUCUUCCUAACUAGCACUUUGUAUCUCAUACAGACAUUACACACAAAAUCACAUGCUUUUAUUUUGACAUUGGUGCCGUAAAACCGUAGAUUUGUGAUUUGGGUGAUCAAGUGCGUGCACUACUGCACUAGUAACCGCAGUUACAGUUCGCUCACUCAUCAUCAUUAUCAUUCGCUCCCUCCCAGUCAAAAUGGAUUGGACGUCUUGCACCAUCAAUGGCAGCCAAUGACUUAACAAGUUUGACCCAAAAAUGCCCCAAAACCAACAGGAAUGACACCAAAUAAACAGGAGGUAACCUGGAAAUGGCCCAAAAUUUACUGUGACAUCCAAGUAUCUUAAAAUUACAUGUAAGUGGGGUAAAAUGAACUAUUUGCCUGCCACUCGCAACGAUAGACGUCCAAUUCACGUAUACUGGAAGGACUUGCUGUGAAUGCUCAUCUUCCAGUGCCAUUGACUGUGCUCGACGUCCAAUCCAUUUUGACUGGGAGGGCGCGAUAGAACGUUCAUCCGCCCGUUCCAAGUCAAAAUGAAUUGCACGUCGAGCACCGUCAAUGACAGUCAGUGAGUACAAGUAACGUACAGUGGUACCCCGACAUACGAUCGCUUCGACACACGAUCUUUUUGACAUCCGACGUAGAAUUUGACUCGCCAUUUGUUUCUACAUCCGACGACAUGCUCGAAAUACGACGACAUGGCAGCACCGCAGUCAGAUGCACGGCGGAUUUUCUUGUGACACAGGUUCCAAAAAGGUUGGUACAGGUGGUGAAACAAGGAAAAAGGUGAUGCUUACCAUUGAAAUGAAGAUUGAAAUAUGAGCGUGGGGUGCGCAUCCGAGAACUGGCUCAUCAAUAUGGCCGUAGAAUGUCUACGAUAUCCAAAGUCCUCCUCCGACCUCCGUUCCCCAUUCUUUAUAAGUUAAGGUGACAAAUAUUGUCGUGGUAACAUCGCCAAUGAAAACGCCUGCUUCGUCAGGUUUUUAUCAUUUAUUUCAGAACUUGUGCAAAAGAACAAUCUUACUGUCCGCCAGAGUUGACUGUGUUCUCAACAAAACUUUAAAAGUGAAAGGAAACUCAACCGCACCGCUCCCUCUCUGUGUCACGCCAGCGACCCGAUGUGUUCAGGUACAGCACGCAAAGCACGUCCGCCACAUUAUAACCCGAUUCGUUACAUUAUUACAGGAAGUAUCAGGCCCGGAUUUAGGUUUACCCACCAGAGUGGGCACUAAGAAAUCUUGAGGGAGCACCCCCAAUGCAGGCUUCUUUUUUAGCGUCUGCAUUUCUCCAGGCCUGGGACCGGCGCAAGUAGGACACUGGCUUGUGUUUUGUCGAGACUGCAUUAAUUUUUGGGGGGUUUAUUUAUUUAUUUAUUUUUCAUUCAUAUACUUAUUCCCGCAGUCGGCGUGAUGUCACGAUGACGUCAUCUCGCAUAGCAACGUGUUGCCAUUUUGAGAUGGGGGCACGCACAAGUAAAUAUCCGUAGACAAACGUCUGAAAUUCAUAUAUUUCAGCUGUGUUUUCCGUCUUUUUUUCAUUAAAACGUCUUAAACAUGACUUUUUGACGAGUCACUGUCGACAAACGAGAGGAGGCGAUACAACUUAAAAUUAGCAUGUAUUGGCCAGCAAAUCUGCCCAUACAAAGUCGCAGCUGAUAGCUGGAUAAACAAUCCAAAGGAAUUGCCUGCAGUGGAGUUCGGAAACAUCUACAACUACCUCAUAAAGUCACCCAGUAAGUUGACCUUUAUCAAUUACGUGGAAUAUGUACCGUGUGGAACUCAGAAAACUGGUAGUUUAUACGGAGUGAUUAUUUUUGCUGUAACCGGUAAUUCGCCUCCAAGCAUUAUUUAGCCGUGAACACGUCACGUCAAAAUAACCAAUUCCCACCAGGCCAAUAAUAUACCGAUUGAGCGAUCAGAGAAGUUCACGGCAAAAGAAAAAUAACGCUUUGCGAGUUGUCAGUUACGGUAAUAAUAACCACUGCCUAGUCUAUUGUAUCAUAGCAGCUAAUUGAGGCAAAAAAAAAAAUUGAUUAAAGUUUACUCACCAGUAAUAAAAUGUCUGCUGCAAACGUAAAUGUGCCUGGAUUUAGGUUCCCACUGGCGAGAAUCGUCCACGGAACCGUCUUUUACUGUUCCUCGAUUGAUUACUUUCAGCCAUUUGCUUGUCCUUCUGAAGAGGAAGAAUGAAGAACUUCAAAUGCGGCUCCAAACUCUUCCCUGUGUUACAACCCACAACACGGCAACUUUUAGUCAUUCCGACGGAAAAAAAGAUCGCAAAUAAGACAAAAUUUCAAUGCGUUUGUACGACAAUGCACGACAGAGCAACUGCUUGUGACUCAUGUUUUGCCCCCAUUUCAAUGUGGCGACGCUUUGUUGUGGCUGGUGACGUCAUUAAUGCCCGGAUGUCCUACUGCGAGAAUGUGUCUGGAGGAGAGAGAGGAAGCGCGCGGAUAACAAACGAGGUUGGAAAAACAGCUAGUUUUGGUGAUUGCUUGUUCGGCGUGGUUGCGGCCAACAGUAACCGUUAAUUCUGCAAUAAAAAAGUAGACGAGACUAACUCUCCGUGCGUUCUCUAUAUCCAGUGCAAUUCUACAAUAGAUAUUCCAAACAUUUUGAUUGGGUGGGCACGACUCACGUCUGGGUGGGCCGUACCCCCCGGCCCCGCCAUACAUCCGGCCCCGGCAAUUAUUAUUAUUAUUUGAUUAUUGUGGUUUUCAUUCUUUUUUUUUUUGUUUGUUUUGUUUUGCUAUGUGUAACUGCCAUUUGUAAUAGUACCAGAGUAGUAAUAGUACCAAAUUAAACAUUUACGGUAGGUUUUUGGGCUGUGGAACAAAUUAAUGGCAUUAUAAUGUAUACUUAUGGGAAAAUCCUGCUCGACCAUUUCGACUUACAAACGCGCUCCUGGAGCGAAUCAACUUUGUAUGUAGAGGUACCACUGUAUUUGCCCCCCUUCCCCCCCCAAAAAUGGUUCGGCCCACAUGAAAUCAAAUUGCCAUCAAUAUUGUCCGAGAAGCAAAAUGAGUUUGACACCACUGAUUUAGACGAUGUAUGAAACUGUAAAAGUUUCGUAAUAUUUUUACCUUGCUUGAUUGAGAUGGAGUAUUCGAAGAUUUAGCUAAAACCAUCACAGAAUUCUCUAACAGAAGCCUUGUAUUAUUUUGAAGACUGCAAAGAAGUCUACAGUACUUGAGCAUAAAUCUGACAAGGAUUUUGCGCAAGUCUCACAUGAUUUAGCACAAGUUUGAUGGUUUUCGCCACUGUAUUAUGACUCAAAUCUUGCCCGGGUUUUCGCUGAAGUCUUAGCGGAUUUAAUGAAAGUCUCGAGGGUAGUAUACUACAAAUUCCACUGUGUUUUUGCUGAAAUCUCAUGUGAUUGAAUGAAAAAUCUCAUCUGAUUUCCGCCAAAAUCUCACGUGAUUUGCGUCUUAAAACAACUUUGUUUUCGAUGACUGUUUCAGUUUCAAAAUGUCUUUGGAAUUUCCGCCAUAUUUUACGGUUAAAAAAAUCUCUUCAAACAAACAAAUUGUGCAAUUUUUAGGAUUUUUUUGAACUUCAAGGUAACACUGUACGCAAUAAUCAAAUAUUCUGCAUUUCUCCCCGGCAAGGCUGGCAAAGACUUGAUGCAUUCGUUGCAUCGAUGCCUGGUGGAGUUCUUUCUCUGUGGGCUGGAAACACAACAGCACACCCACACAUACGAGCCUUUUGGGUAUUCCGAGAUGUUCCUUAAAGCACAAUAGUGAAUGUAAAAGGAAGAAAUGUUGUUUACAUUCCUGAACUUGUCGUGUGCCAAACAAACCUGAUGUGUAUAUAUGGAGAUACCUGUUACCUUCCUUUUUUAUUACUUAACGCUUGGGUUAAAAAAACAAAAAAAUAUUUUAUUUCAUAAGAAAAAUGUAUGUGUGACAGGCAGAACUUUGAAGCAACCAGCAAGUGCAUGAGUAGAACCAUAUUUGGACGUUUACCUAUAUGCAGAAGGUUUUAAUGUGGAGUUGUGAGAUUGGGACCAAGAUGAUCAUUUUUUAUUUUUUAACUCAUUGACUGCCAUUGACAGCGGUAGAUGUCCAAUCCAUGAACUGGGAGAGGCCCAGUUCAAAUGUAUUGGGCGUCUAUCUCUGUCAAUGGCACUGAACAUUAUAAUAACAACAAUAUUAGGAUGGAAUAACAGACUGCUUUCUUCUUCUUCAGUGCUAUUACGCGUUUCUAAUGGCGAACUGGGUGGAAAUAAAGAAGCAUUUCAACUCUUUAUCAAUUAGUUCAAUCUCUGACAAAAAAAUAAAAACAGUUGUGAUCAAAUACAGUCAUGUGAUUUUUGUUAAAUAAUAAUUGUCUUUUUUUUCCUCACUACAGGCUGACAGGGUAAUCGAACCAAAUGUUCUAGGAAAAUAAAGAGCCAUUGAGGCCAAUUCAAUGUGAUUUUCAAAGUAUAAAAGGUGUGUUUGUUAUAAAACUGUCAGUUUUAAACAAUAUAUAACCUUUACACUUUGAUCUUAAAUGGUUGUAUCUUAGUGAUCCUUUUAGGCUUUUAUUGGUGCUUUUCAUCAAAGCUGAAGUACUAUUAAAGGGGCUUUCAAGAGGUUUUUGACGAAGAGUGAGCAGUAAAAUACCUUCUUAUUUAGUUUAAUGCCUGGCAUGAAACUUGUACAAGUCAUGAAAAUUUGCUUACAUUGUUUUAUGGCGUUCUAAGCGUUUUAAAAUGUAGCAGCAGCAGGUAUUGUACUUGUGACACAAAAUUAGAACAUCAAGGCAAAGUCCAUUUGCUUUCAUAAUCCGUUUUAAAACUGCAAAAUAGAGCACAAAAACAACUACUGACAGUGUAACUUAGAAAUUCCAGGGGGGAGAUGCUGUCAAUGAAUGCAUUUAUUCUCAGGAAAUGUUUAAAAACAAAAUAGAAAUUGUAUCAUGUUUUUUUCCCCCUAAGCUCUUUAAGACAUUUUAUAAUACUCAUAGAAGAUAUCUAUUUAAAAAAAAAAUCUACAAGUCAAUUGGGAAUACUGUGCUGUUUACAUAUCUGUCAAGUUGUACGGUUUCGGCAUAAUUUGUACAAGUGAGCACUGUUUUUUAAAUGUGUACGCCGUACGUUCAAAAUCUACGUUUUUCGUGCAUUACGUUUUUUUUUUCUCCAUUCGGAUUUUGUCACCGUUUCGGCAACGAGACAAUGUGCGUUACUAUGCAUUACUACGUUGGUUGAGUGACGCGAGAAAAGUCAGAGACACGGAGAGGGAAAAGUGUUUGUUGUGACGCUGUAGCAAACGCGAUGCUAGGCUAGGUGGCUCCAAUAUUCCCUGACUGUAGCCGACAGCCUACAAUCUACGCCUAGAUAUCACAUGCAUAUAGAACUACAUGCGAAAUGACACUCGGUGGCGUUAGUAAACAGCCGACAUUUUAAAGCAGUAGACUUCUCAGAAAGGCUCUGUUGUAGUGAACCUUCCUAGCGAACCUAAAGUAAGUUUUAUCUAAAAUACUCCUAAAUCGGCAAAAUCUUGACUUGAAUCUAUCUUUAAAUUAUGAAAGUUUUCAAACUUUCACAUGUCGAAAGUAGACAGAAGGGAACUAAUACAAAAACGGGAGCAAUUUUAACAACUUUAACAGUUGAUUCACAACAUUAAAUGACUUCCAAACACAGCAAAGGUUACUAUGUUUUUUUUUUUUUUUUUAAAUGAAAAACAAAACCAUGAAAGGUAACACCAGUUACUUUGCCAAGUAACUAAUUACUAGGGUUGUUCCGAUCAUGUUUUUUUGCUCCCGAUCCGAUCCCGAUCGUUUUAGUUUGAGUAUCUGCCGAUCCCAAUAUUUCCCGAUCCGAUUGCUUUUUUUUGCUCCCGAUUCAAUUCCAAUCAUUCCCAAUAAUUUUUUCCGAUCAUAUACAUUUUGGCAAAGCAUUAAGAAAAAAAUGAAUAAAACGCAGACAAAUAUAUACAUUCAACAUACAGUACAUAAGUACUGUAUUUGUUUAUUAUGACAAUAAAUCCUCAAGAUGACAUUUACAUUAUUAACAUUCUUUCUGUGAGAGGGAUGCACGGACAGAAAGACUUGUAAUUCUUAAAGGACAAAUGUGACUAAAUAUUGCCAUCUAGUGUAUUUGUUGAGCUUUCAGUAAAUGAUACGGUAGCCAUGCCCAAAUGCAUGAUGGGAAGUGGAACCAUGACUGUGCGUAGUGCUACCAAUCGAUAUACCUUCUCUGCAUUGGGAAAUAAAUAGGGUGUUAAGAAAAAGAUCAAUUACGACCUUGCUUCACCACAUUGCUUCCCACGAUACUUCUAAUCGUAGGGAGAGGGAUUGUAAGGCUUUAGCCAAUUAAAAAAAGGCACCAAAGGCUGCCAAAAUUCACUCUACUCAUUUUACGCUGCCUUUUAGCUCUCUACAUAGGUAAAACAGCGCCAUUACAGACUGAGCGCGACAAUGCGUGAGUGGGUCAUGCAGCGCAUGCAUUAAUUGCAUUAAAUAUUUUAACGUAAUACAUUUUUUAAAAAAUUAAUUACUGCCGUCAUUGGGAUAAACUUGAUAACCCUACCUUAAGCCUAAACUAAAGGCUCUGGAUGAGUGUAACAUAUUAUGUCUGUAACGUUAAAUACAAUUAGAAAAUGAUGUAAUUAAAAAAUAUAUAUAUAUUAAAAAAAGGCAUGUCCGAUAUUUUUUUGCCGAUUCCGAUGCUUUGAAAAUGACGUGAUCGGACCCGAACGAUCGGCAUCCCGAUCGAUCGGGACAUCUCUACAAAAUACCCUUACAUUCAGGUAACUGAGUUACUAACUCAAUUACUUUUUGGGAGAAGUAAUUUGUAACUAAUUACUUUUUAAAAAUAAGAUUAACAACACUGGUCAUAAAGAUGAAGUCUGCAGUAUGAACAGUGAUGAAAGCGGAGAUUUUAUUCUGCCAAUUUGUUGCCGAACACAAUUUGCCCGCAACUAUUGCUGAUCACUUCUCAGAAUUAGCAAAAGAAAUGUUCCCUGAUUCAAAGAUUGCAUCGGUAAGUUAAUUUUAUCUAUUGACCUUUUUAAUUUAUAAUUGGACACCUUAACGAACUACCUUCAAGUCAAACUGAAUUGUGAUCUGAAGU